UGGACGCUCUCUUCCUUUCGCCUUCCUCCUCUGUGCUUCCAUUACUUAGAAAGGAAAAGGCGGAAGAAGAAGAAGAAGCUCGAGAGGCUCAACAGAGAGGGCCCCUCCGACCCCAACAGAGGGAAGGAAAAGGGAGGGCCUUCGUUCAAAUCCAGAGAAAAAAGAAAACAAAAUCAAGGGAGAAAAAAAAGUAGAAUUCCUCUGUGAAAAUGCCCGUCUUCGAUGACUACACCAACGUCGCGGAGCGGCGGAAGGCCGAGAACCGCCGGCGUCUCAUCAAGAAAAUCAUCACGGCAGUCUCCGUUUCCGUCGCCGCAGUCCUAGUCGUGGCCGUGGCGGCCUUCGCGGUCGUCAACUUCUCCCACCCGCAGACCCUCACGAAACAGGGCGCCGACUCCGUCUCCGAGCUCUCCGAGUCCAACAAGAUGAUCACCUCCGUCUGCUCCGUCGUGCAGUACCGGUCCGCCUGCGUCACCUCCGUCAAGAACUCCAUCGGAGCCGAAGGCUCGUCCGCAGCCGCGAAGCCGCAGGAGGUGGUGAAGGCGGUGAUCAAGGCCGCGGUGGAUGAACAGCAGGAGGCAGCGAAGCUGCUCGAAACGCUAAAGGCGGGGGACGAAAUGCAUAAGACCGCACUCUCCGACUGCAAGGAGCUGAUGCUUUACGCCGUCGACGAUCUACGCAGCACCCUGUCAACCGUCACCGGCCACGACGCCAGCAGCCUGUCGCAUAUCACCGCCGAUCUCAGAAACUGGCUUAGCGGCGUCUUGUCCUACCAGGAUACAUGCCUGGACGGCCUCAAAGAUGGUGACCUCAAGGCCAGGAUGCAGCACGGCCUGGCUAACGCCACGCAGCUGACGAGCAACGCCCUGGCCAUCGUCACCCAGUUCUCCAGCAUCUUGAGCCAGCUUCAAAUCCCGGAAGCAAUAGCGAAGGAGAUUGGAGGCCAUCGCCGGCUUAUGUCGGACGGGGACGGCGAUAGCUUCGUCGACGACGUCGACGACAACGACGACUUCCCCGAGUGGAUGCCCUCCUCCGAUCGUCGGCUCCUGAAGGCUGCUGAGACCAAAAUCCCGGCACACGCAGUGGUAGCGAAAGACGGGUCUGGGAACUACACGACCAUAGGAGCAGCACUGGCCGGCAUGCCGAAGAACCGGUCCGGCCGGUACGUGAUCUACGUGAAGGCGGGUAUCUAUGACGAGAUGGUGACAGUGGAAAAGGAUAUGGUCAAUGUGACGAUGUACGGGGAUGGAUCCAGGAAGACAAUCAUCACCGGAAGCAAGAAUUUUAUCGACGGAACUCCCACCUUCAGGACUGCAACUUUUGUGGCUAUUGGAGAUGGAUUCAUCGCCAGGUCCAUCGGGUUCAGCAACACAGCCGGUGCAGCAAAACACCAAGCCGUGGCACUCCGCGUCCAAUCGGACCGUUCAUCCUUCCUCAACUGCAGGAUGGACGGCUACCAAGACACCCUCUACGCGCAGACCCACCGGCAGUUCUACCGGAGCUGCGUCAUCACCGGCACCAUCGACUUCAUCUUCGGAGACGCAGCCGCAAUAUUUCAGAACUGCAUGAUAGUCAUCAGGAAGCCAUUACCGAACCAACAGAACACGAUCACAGCCCACGGAAGGACGGACAAGAACGAGCCCACUGGGAUAGUGAUACAGAACUGCAAGAUACUGGCCGAUAAGAAGCUGUUGCAGGACAGGCUGAAGAUCCCUAGCUACUUGGGGAGGCCAUGGAAGCAGUACUCUAGAACUGUUGUUAUGGAAUCCAUAAUUGGAGAUCUCAUCAGGCCGGAAGGCUGGCUGCCAUGGGACGGGGACUUUGCUCUGGACACACUGUUCUAUGCAGAGUUCAACAAUAGGGGCCCUGGAGCAGCAGUCGACAAGAGGAUAAACUGGAAAGGAUUCAAAGUGAUCAAAGACAGGGCGGAGGCCUUGAAAUUCACUGCAGAGAAGUUCAUAGAUGGGGCGAGCUGGAUCAAAGCUACGGGAUCACCGGUUCGCUUGAGCUUGUUCGAUUGAGAGGUUUCGUCCAUUUGAAUGCAUGUCAUUGAUCUGGGAAAGAUCUUGUGCUGUGAACGUUUUUCUUGAUCUCUUAGCUGUUCUCUUUCUUCCUCAUUUAUAUCAGAAAAUCUUGAAAGUUGUGGAA